CCUCAAGGCCGGCUCAGAUGGCGACCACGGCGGCGGCGGAGCCCGGAUUAACCCCGCUGGAGACUCCGGUUCCCGCUUGCAUGUUCGCUCCGGAGCCGGGGUAUGGGUCGGAGCCAUGCGGCGCGGGACGCGACCAGGAGGGCGAAAGUGUGCUAGGAGAGUCCGAGGCUCAGCCGGGCCUCAGCAGCAAGCUGGCUCUGGUGAGCCCGACGGGGGAGCAGUAUGACUGUUUGCUGAAGGAGCUUCGGGCCAGGACGGAGGAAGGUUCAGGAGAAACCAUCUACGUGGUGGGAGCUGGAUCGGACGGGGGUGAUUAUGGUCUGGAUGAGAAGGACAUGGCUGCGUCCGUGGCGACGGUGCAGUCUCUGUGUGAGCAGAUUGACGCUGAUCUGGUCCUGCUGAGAGAGAGGAGAGAGAGCGGCGGGCGAGUGAGAGAUUACCUCAUCCGCCGCAGGGUCCCCGAGAACGACUUCAUGGAAGUCAGGGUGGCGGUGGUGGGGAACGUUGACGCGGGGAAGUCCACCCUGCUGGGCGUGUUGACCCACGGCGAGCUGGAUAACGGCCGCGGCUUCGCUCGGCAGAAACUGUUCCGUCAUAAACACGAGCUGGAGAGCGGACGCACCAGCAGCGUGGGGAACGACAUCCUGGGCUUUGACCAGCAGGGGGCGGUGGUGAACCAGCCCGACAGCCACGGGGGCGGCCUCGACUGGACGCGCAUCUGCCAGAGGUCAUCGAAGGUCAUCACCUUCAUCGACCUGGCCGGACACGAGAAGUACCUGAAGACCACCGUGUUCGGAAUGACCGGACACCUGCCGGACUUCUGCAUGCUGAUGGUGGGCAGUAAUGCAGGUAUCAUAGGGAUGACGAAGGAGCACCUGGGUUUGGCUCUGGCCCUCAACGUCCCUGUGUUUGUGGUCGUCACUAAAAUAGACAUGUGUCCAGCAAACAUCUUACAAGAGACUCUGAAGCUGUUGCAGAGGUUACUGAAGUCGCCCGGCUGCAGAAAAAUCCCAGUUCUAGUGCAAAACAAAGACGAUGUCAUCGUCACCGCUUCCAACUUCAGCUCAGAAAGGAUGUGUCCCAUUUUCCAGAUCUCCAAUGUGACGGGGGAGAACAUGGACCUGCUGAAAAUGUUCCUGAACCUGCUCUCCUCACGCAGCACGUUUAAAGACGACGAGCUGGCCGAGUUUCAGAUCGACGACACCUACUCCGUACCGGGUGUGGGUACAGUAGUAUCAGGGACUACUUUGCGCGGAUGGAUACGUCUGAACGACACGCUGCUGCUGGGCCCGGACCCCCUGGGGGUCUUCAUCCCCCUCACCGUUAAAUCCAUCCACCGCAAGCGCAUGCCGGUGAAGGAGGUGAGGGGGGGGCAGACGGCCUCCUUCGCUCUGAAGAAGAUCAAACGCUCGGCCAUCAGGAAGGGCAUGGUGAUGGUGUCCCCCCGCCUCAGCCCACACGCAUCAUGGGAGUUCGAGGCGGAGAUCCUCGUCCUUCAUCAUCCGACUACAAUAUCACCCAGAUACCAGGCCAUGGUCCACUGUGGCAGUAUCAGACAGACUGCUACUAUCCUGUCUAUGAGUAAGGAGUGCUUGCGGACGGGUGAUAAAGCUACCGUUCACUUCCGCUUCAUAAAGACUCCGGAGUAUCUGCACACUGACCAGCGGCUCGUCUUCAGGGAGGGACGCACCAAGGCCGUCGGAACCAUCACCAAGCUACUGCAGACCAAGCCUCAGGCCAAGACACAGUCAGCCAGGAAAGCUGCAUCACAGGGGGAAGCAGCCAAUGUGGACGCAGCAUCUGCAGGAAGCAGCUUACAGUCUCAGCAGCUGAAGUCCGCGGCGAGCAGCCGGCGCAGAGGCGGCCAGAGACACCGAGACAGGACGGGGGUGAACAGCAGCAGCUGCACAGCGCCCCCCGCCGCAGGGGUGGGGAACUGCUGAUCUCCAGCUUCAUCCUCCACUCAACUUCUACCCAUCAGUCCCUCAUUCUCUCCUCCUUUCUCACUCACUCUCUCCCAGCCCCUCUCUCUCUGCCCUUCGGCGCCUCUUCUCCUCCUCGCUGCUUUUCCUUUUCUGCCCGUUUACCUCUCUUCCUCUCUUUACCCUUCAUCUUUUCUCUUCUCUGCUCCUCACUGCUUUACUUCUCUCUCCCUCUUAUUCUCAGCUUUCAUUCUUUUCUCUCGUUCUUUUCUGCACCAGAUGUGUCAGCAGAGGGCGCUCAACACCCUCUAAACACUCUCUCUCUCUCUCUCUCUCUCUCUCUCUCUCUCUCUCUCUCAUACACAAACACAUUCUCGC